CAAACGCUGCCCAGAACAGGCUUUCCUCUGAGAAGCACUGCUGUUCUUCUUUAGAAAGGCUGAAUCUAAAUGUUGCCUCUGGAGACAAGAAACCUUCAGUAUGUUAAAUUACUUUCAUUAUGUAUUUUCAGAUGCUUAUUGAUUCCACAGUCGGAAGAGUGAGAGACUGCAGCAGCCUCUAAGCAGCCUUACAUGUUCCAUACAUUAGCAGGAGUGCUGAAACAAUGGCACGGUCCAGGAACAUAUUUUCAUUAAGGUCAUUUUUUGAAGAGAUGUUUAUGACCCUCUUCCCUCAGUACUCUGCUAACAAGUGAACGAAAUAAAUCAACCAAAACUGGAAAUGCUUCAACUGUAUCAAGAAUAUAGCCAAUCUUUAAGCAGAGGACAUAAAUCAUCUAAUUCAGUUUUUGCUACUGACAUUAUGAAGAAUGCAAAUGACUGAACAUCUUUCUAGCAGUCUGAACCACAAGCUACAAGAUAUAAUGUGUAUUUCUAAAGACAGAAAGGAGUUAAAGGAAAAACAUGGAAUAAGUCUAUGACUGCUUGCAUGCAUAACAAAUCAGUAUUCUGAAGAGAAGACAUUGGAUAUUUUCACGAGAAGAAUGCAAUGGUAUAUGGCUGAAAACAAAAUGGUGAGCAUUUUUAAAAGGAUUUUCUACUUUAAAUAUCAAAAUUGUGGAAACAACUGAUUCAUGAAGAAACAAUGAAAAAUGAAUUUUCAAAAGGAGAAUGUACAUACUUCACCAGCAAGCUAAAUGAAGCUGUAUCAGGUUUUCUGCACUACAAAUUAAGUUAUUCAUAUCAAUUGUCACAAUGACUAAUGGAUAUUUUUUCUCUGAAUUUCUUGAUCUGUUAUGUAUCCUUCUUUAAUGAAAAUAAACCAAAUUAAAUAGCAGAUGGUCUUUAUCAAAAGCUCAUGAACUGGAUUUCAUAAUGUAAAGAAAUUUAUGUGAUCAAGACAUUAGUCCAACUAAUGAACAAGAGUACUAUAGAAACAAAUGUCCAGUUGUAACAAAAGGAUGUCUAAAUACAUUUCUGAAGCCAGAAAUCUGAUGCCUCUAUUUUUAUUUUCACUUAUCCUGGAAAAUAAAAAUACACAGCCAUAUAGUCCUCAAAAGGGCAAUGUAAUUAAUAUCACUUAAGAAGUUCUUUAUUUUAUUAGUAGUGGCUUUAAAAAGCAAAAGAAACAUAAAUAAUAUGUACUGGUCCUUAGAAAUCUAUCAGCCAAUAAAAUCUCAUUUUGAAACAUAAAUCUUGCUGCUGAAGUGUUGGAACAAAAAUAAAUGAAAUAUUCUACAAGGCAGGAAAUAGAACAUUGCUACUUCACUGUUGCCAGGUGAAAAUGCAUGUCAAAAAUCUGUCAAUGACAUCAUGUAUCAAUUUUUGAAAAACUGAAAGACCCCUGAGGCAACAGAAAACAGGAAAAAAGCCAACUGCUCCAAAAGAAUGUGUUUCUCUCCCAUUCCGGAAAUCAACAUGCAGUCUGAAUCUAACAUUACAGUCCGAGAUGACAUUGAUGACAUCAACACCAAUAUGUACCCAUCAUCAUCAUAUCCAUUAAGCUUUCAAGUAUCUCUCACUGGAUUUCUCAUGUUAGAAAUUGUAUUGGGACUUGGCAGUAACCUCACAGUAUUGGUACUUUACUGCAUGAAAUCCAACUUAAUCAACUCUGUCAGUAACAUUAUUACAAUGAAUCUUCAUGUACUUGAUGUAAUUAUUUGUGUAGGAUGUAUUCCUCUAACUAUAGUUAUUCUUCUACUUUCACUGGAGAGUAAUACUGCUCUCAUCUGUUGCUUCCAUGAGGCUUGUGUUUCCUUUGCAAGUGUCUCAACUGCAAUCAACGUUUUUGCAAUCACUUUGGACCGAUAUGAUAUCUCUGUAAAACCUGCAAACCGAAUUCUGACAAUGGGAAGAGCUGUCAUGUUAAUGACAUCCAUAUGGAUUGUCUCAUUUUUCUCUUUCCUAAUUCCCUUUAUUGAGGUCAAUUUUUUCAGUCUUCAAAGUGAAAGCAGAUGGAAAAACAAGACACUUCUCUGUGUCAGUAGAAAUGAAUACCACACUGAGCUGGGGAUGUACUAUCACUUGCUAGUACAGAUUCCAAUCUUCUUUUUCACUGUUAUAGUAAUGCUAAUUACCUAUACCAAAAUACUUCAAGCCCUAAAUAUUCGAAUAGGCACAAGAUUUUCAACAGGGCAAAAGAAGAAAGCAAGAAAGAAAAAGACAAUUUCUCUGACCACACAGCAUGAGACUACCGACGUAUCCCAAAGCAGUGGCGGAAGAAAUGUAGUUUUUGGUGUAAGAACUUCUGUUUCUGUCAUAAUUGCUCUCCGGCGAGCCGUGAAGAGACACCGAGAACGACGGGAGAGGCAAAAGAGAGUCUUCAGAAUGUCUCUGUUGAUUAUUUCAACAUUUCUUCUCUGCUGGACACCAAUUUCUGUUUUAAACACCACCAUUUUAUGUUUGGGCCCAAGUGACCUUCUGGUAAAACUAAGAUUAUGUUUUCUAGUUAUGGCAUAUGGAACUACCAUAUUUCACCCUCUACUAUAUGCAUUUACUAGACAAAAAUUUCAAAAAGUCUUGAAAAGUAAAAUGAAAAAGCGAGUUGUUUCAAUUGUGGAAGCAGAUCCUAUGCCUAAUAAUGCUGUAAUACACAAUUCUUGGAUAGAUCCUAAAAGGAAUAAAACAAUUACUUUUGAAGACAGUGAAGUAAGAGAGAAAUGUUUAGUACCACAGGUCAUUACAGACUAAGCAAAAAACAAGUUUUCACCAAAUCCCCAUUCCCAAGAAUUUUGUUGUUUUUUUUAAACUGUAAAAACAUGACUGCCAAAUAAGGGGGAAAUUUUUAAAGUAUUGGUUAUAGUGUAAAAUUUCAAUAUUAAAUGUUAAAUAGAUUAGGUCUUAUAUAUUCAAUUUCUUCAUUAUUUAAUGUAUAUGUUGCAUGGCAGUUUGUUAAAGUAACAUCAUUGUGUAUAUUUUGUCAUUAUUCUGUCCACUAGAAAAAUAUUCAUGUAAGUCAUAUUUUCUAAAAAAUUAAAAUAAAUGA